AGGUAAGGAAGGUAACCAUAAGUUGAUGAUACUGUCACUUAUAUAAUAGCAAUUCUCACAUUACCAAGUGUUCUUAUGCAAAAUAAAGGACACAAAAAGCUGCAACAAGUGAUGAUAGAGAGCCAGAGAAUUCACCCGUCGGUCGACAUGGAAGCAGCACCACCCCCAACAUCACCACUUGUACCUCAAGGCUCAUCAGUUUCAGAGAAAGGUAGUCCUCUUCAUCAUCAGCAUCAACCUCCAGUUACCAGCACGGUAAGUCGAGCAACUGUAACAGAACCUGCAACAAAUACAGCAACGACAAGGAAAACAGCAAGAAGCUGUCUCUGCAAGUGCUUAUGUUGGACAAUAAGCCUCAUUCUCCUUAUAUUAGUAAUAAUUGCUGCCAUUGCAGGCAUUCUCUACCUUGUCUUCCAACCCAAGAUUCCAAAAUACUCGGUCGACAGCCUGCGAAUUAGUGAUCUACGACUCAACUACGACAUGACUCUUUAUGCUAAAUUUGAUGUCAAGAUUACAGCCAACAAUCCAAACAAGAAAAUAGGAAUUUAUUAUGAAAAAGGAGGGAAGCUGAGCGUAUGGUACACCGACACACUGCUUUGUGCUGGAACUAUACCAAAAUUCUACCAAGGUCACCGGAAUAUAACGAAGCUCGACGUUAGCUUAAGUGGGCAGAGACAGUACGGAAGUACUUUGAUGUCAGCAUUACAAGAGCAACAACAAACAGGGCGUAUUCCGUUGGAUCUUAAAGUGUCAGCUCCUAUUGCUGUUAAACUUGGAAGAUUGAAGCUGAAGAAGGUGAAGAUCUUGGGAGAUUGCUUGUUGGUAGUGGAUAGCUUAACUACCAACAGCUUGAUUAGCAUCAAAGCCAGUAAUUGCAAGUUUAGACUGAAGCUCUAAAUCUAAUUCCUUUCAUUUUUUAGGAUCCACUGUUUAUUUGUUUAUUUUCGUUUAUUAUAUUUGUUAUACUACUUUAUCACUUAUUACAUAAUCCAAUUUUUUUUGAGAA